AAUAUAUAGUAAAUAUGUUAAUGGUUUAUCAAACCACAGUGUGCAGAUAUUGUUGUUUUUUUUUAACAGAGUAUGCAAUUAUAUAUAUAUAUAUAUGCAAAUAAAUUAGUGUUUUGUUUAAUCUAUAUCCUGAAGAGGCCUAUCUGUGGAGUGAGUUGUUUAAUAUAGAUGCACACAAAAUGUAUUAAAUAUGUUCUUAAGCUUGUUGGCAUUUCGAAAAGUAAUGUAUGGCAUGCUCUGUGCAUUUAACACUGAGGAGUUUGCUGUGCUGUAGCUUAUGUGAACGUGGGCCUGUGGUUGUGUGCGCGCGCGGCUCCCGCCCUUCUCGACUAUUGGCCGCUGAGCUGACGGAUUCCUGCAACCAAUAGACGAAAAGGGGAAACCACGUACUUCCGGUCAGAGGAGUAACGGUCGCGCAAGACUCCGAGUUGCUAGUCGGUUGCGGAGCGAUGGUGUUCGAGGGGACCGAGGUCUGGAUGUGAAGCUGCGCGGAGACUGGGACACGCCAACCGUCUGCCUGUGAAUAUGAGCAAGGAAGAGCAGCCGCGUCGAGCCGCUUCCUUUAAAUUCACCAUCGACAGCAUUCUCAAUCUGAAGUCGAGCGGACGCGCGUUUGACAGCUGUCACUCGAAGGCGACGCGCGCUCCAGUCCGCGGAGACGCGCUUCCUCUUCAGCGUGAGGACACUCUUAAUGAUCGCGCACGUGCAGAAGUAGCCUCCGGAUGCGAGGAUGAACCUUUCCAGAGCGCCGCUGGCGGAAGCGCAGACUCGCACGGAAGCGUGGCGCGCGAGAGCGGCACCGAGAAGAGCACGCGGACGGCGGCGAAAAAGAAAACGCGCACCAUCUUUUCCAAGCGGCAGAUCUUCCAGCUGGAGUCCACUUUCGACGCCAAGCGCUAUUUGAGCAGCGCGGAGCGCGCGUGCCUGGCCAGCUCUCUGCAGCUCACCGAGACUCAGGUGAAAAUCUGGUUCCAAAACCGGCGGAAUAAAUUAAAGAGGCAGCUGCUGUCGAGUGAAAUGGACGCACCGAGCGCCGAGUUCAGCGACAGCGCAAAGACAGCGGCGUUUCCGCUUUUCUAUAAAGAAAGCGCUUUAUUGGGAAGAUAUUUAUUACCGACACCUCUGCCGCUCGUGUAUCCCGGAAGCAGCGCGCCUUAUUUGUGUUUCUCAAACGCCAACAAAUACUUCGGGCUUUUCGAAGGAGAUGUCUGACUUUCUUAAACCCACUUUUGAAAGGUCACUAUAGGCUAUAUUUUUUUGCGCUAGGAAAAAUGAGUGUAACACCUCGCUUUUUUUCUAGCCUAAACCUACAAGUAUUCAUUUGUAUCUUGACUGGUUUUUACUGUUGUUGUUUUUGAUUAUUUUAAUUUAGGUUUGUUUGGUUUUUUUUGUUUGUUUUUGGUUUUUUUUGGCUUUGUUUUUCUUUUUUGCAGUGAAAGUUGAGAGAUUAGAAUAUCGGCUUUCAGGGACCCGUUUAUUUCUAUGCAAAGCUGAAAAGCUGAUGUUAUUUAUUUAUAAACUUUAACUAUUUUGAUAUAGCCUGACAUAUUUUAUACUGUUAUGACAUCAUAUUGAGCAGCAGCCAUAUCCGCACCAGUGCCAAUCACAUCGACAGAACAUCAAUACAAACGUUUACACUAUUAUUAUUAUUAUUAUUAUUAUUAUUAUUAUUAUUAUUAGCCUACAACUUCGCCAAAGAUCGAUGGCUGCAUGUGUGUUUUUAUUUUUUAUAACCUCCUGCAUAAGGCGUACAGUACCUCCCAAACGAGCUCAAUUCAACCCAUUUUAAAUGAAUGUAAAUGCUAUUAAUUUUUUGUUAUUCGUUUACUGCAUGUUUAUUUUUAUCAUCAUAAUUUCUUACUGGUGUAACGUGGCCAAGUAGCUAACAUAUAGGCCUCUUCACACUUUUUAAAAUUAAAUUUCCUGUUUUACACUUACUUCUCAUGCA